GCUGUCUCAGGAGAGCAGGCUCUGGCUGGAGAGAGAAUGCUCAGGACGCCCAGCUGCCUCCUAAAGCUGACCAGGGUGGUGCUGAGCCACAAGCCCUGUGCCCUGUUUAUCCUCAUCUUUGUGUUCAUAUACCUUGCCUACAACAAGUUGUACUGGGGCAUCGGGGAGGACCCAAAGAGCAGCGUCCCCACCUAUGGCUUGUCUGCUGAGAUCAGCUGUGCUCACUAUGUGCCUUCUCCCCUCAACAUUGCUGGUGGGCCCUCUCCUUCCACAGGAAAUGUGUUUUUUGUGGAGACCUCGGAGCAAACUGCCCCAAGUUACCUGUUCUCCUGCUCCGUGGAGUCAGCAGCCAGGACACACCCCGCAUCACGAGUCGUGGUGCUCAUGAAAGGUUUGGCCAAAGGGAACGCCUCCUUGCCCAAGCACUGGGCUUUCUCCUUGCUCAGCUGCUUCCCCAACGUGGAAAUCCGACGCCUGGACCUCCAAGAGCUCUUUUCUGGAACACCCCUGAAAAGGUGGUACUUAUGGCCUCUACGGCACUGGGAGCCUCAUUUUUUACCCAACCUCUCUGAUGCCUGCAGAAUUGUCCUCAUGUGGAAAUUUGGUGGCAUCUACCUGGAUACAGACUUCAUUGUGCUUAAGAACUUACAGAACCUCACCAACGCCCUCGGCAUUCAGGAUGACCAUGAACUGAAUGGAGCCUUUCUGUCCUUUGAGGCCAAGCACAAAUUCAUUGAGCUUUGCAUGCAGGACUUUGUGCAGAAUUACAAUGGCUGGGUCUGGGGGCACCAGGGCCCAGAGCUCCUAACUCGUGUCUUCAAGAAGUGGUGCUCCCUCAGGACUAUCACAAGCAUGAGCUGCAAGGGUGUGAGUGCUCUUGCCCGAGAAGUUGUUUAUCCUAUUCCCUGGCAGGACUGGAAGAAGUUGUUUGAGGCAGUCAGUGCCUUGGAGCUUCAGAAACUCCUUAAGAACACCUAUGCAGUGCACAUAUGGAACAAACUGAGCCACGGGACCAAGUUAGAGAUCCCCUCCCAGGCUCUGCUGGCUCAGCUCUAUUCCCAGUUCUGCCCUGCCACCUAUGCAAAGAUGAAGCAGGACUCUGAAGAGUUGUCAAGGCGUGCAGUGUGACCUGGGGCCCUUGUCUGUAGGGACAUUCCCCAGCCAAAAGGAAACCGAGUGCCUUUGACCUUCCCCAGAGUUGGUUUCUACACCCCAGAGCAGCUGCAUCACAGCUCUGUGGUUCUGUGUCACAGCUCUGUGGUUCUGUACCUGACAUUCCUGAUAUCUGCCUCUG